AUGGCCGAGACUACCAGGGAUGCCGUGACCGUAGUACACGCGCCAAGGGAAACGCCCUACGGUGCCAUCGUGCUGGCGGCGAUCGCCAAGCGGUUCUCAAAAGCGAACGAGUCACCCAUAGCGUUCGAAGCGGGCAAGGCUAUCGAGCCAGGGACCUACCUGCUCGAAAAGGCCAAGCUGCAGGAGCCGCAGCUGCUCAGGGAGCUGUGUCUGCGCAUACCCAGCUGCAAGCGCAUGCUGUACAUCGACAGCUCGGCCAGUCUGGAUCAGUGGAUUAACUACGUUACGCUGCAUUCCGCGACGCCGAAGACGCCCGUUGCCGAUUUGUGGCAGUACUACAACAAGAUGAACACGCACCUUGCCACGCGCACGUUCCUCAUCGGAUACCGCAUGACGGUGGUGGACGUGCUGCAGUUUGCGGCACUCUCAAACGCAAAGGCCGUCUGCAAGGAACUCGCAAAAGUGCCGCACGUCCAGAGGUGGUACAACUAUAUCAUAGCCAUUCCGGGGGUGCAGCAAGCCGUGUCGGACAUUCAGCGCAAGAACGUCCCGCAGGUGGAGAAGAAGCCCUUCACCAAGGAACAGCAAAUUGAUAACUCAUACAAAGGUGCCGUCACGGGUUGCACGAAACGCACAGAAUAUGCAGAUGCUCUGAAGAACGCAGAGCAGGGCAAGGUUGUCGUAAGAUUCGCACCGGAGCCCUCGGGGUACCUGCACAUCGGGCACACCAAGGCCGCACUGCUCAACGAUUACUUCGCAAAGCAGUACAACGGCAAGCUGCUACUGCGCUUUGACGACACCAACCCGGUCAAGGAGAAGCUUGAGUACGAGGAAACCAUCAAGGAGGACCUACAGACGUUGGGGGUUGCCUUCAGCUCCACCAGUUACACCUCUGACUACUUCGAGCUCAUGCAGGACUAUGCAUUCAAGCUUAUCAAAUCAGAUCUCGCAUACUGUGAUGACACGGACGUCAACACCAUGCGCCACCAAAGAACGGAGGGGAUCGAGUCGGCCUGCAGAAAUCUCAGUGUGGAGACCAAUAUCGCCAACUUCGAAGAGAUGCUAAAGGGUUCGGAGAAGGGAAUGACGUACUGCCUAAGGGCAAAAAUCGACAUGACGCACACCAACAAGUGCCUGAGGGAUCCCGUGAUAUACCGAUGCAUUGCGGACGCGCACCACAACAGGCAGGGGGACAAGUACAAAGCGUUCCCGACAUACGAUUUCGCAUGCCCAAUCGUCGACUCGAUAGAAGGAGUCACGCAUGCGCUCAGGUCAAACGAAUAUUCCGCCAGGAUUCCGCAGUACAACUGGUUCAUCGAAAAGUGCCAGCUACGCCCCGUGGAAAUAUACGAGUUCAGCAGGCUUAACUUCGUCAAAACCAUACUAUCAAAACGCAAGUUGCAGUGGUUUGUCGACAACGGAGUCGUUAACGGGUGGGAUGACCCCAGGAUGCCAACGGUUAGAGGUAUUAUGCGCAAGGGGCUCACGCUGAAGGCGCUGCUCGAGUUCAUACUAGAACUGGGGCCGUCAAAGGCAGUCAACCUCAUGGAAUGGGACAAGCUCUGGGCUAAAAACAAACAAGUCAUCGACCCGAUAGUGCCCAGGUUUGCGGCUGUGGGAGUUGACGCCGUUGAGCUCAAGCUCGACAACUUCAACGAUGUCACGCUGCCGCCAGCUAAGCGCAACCUGCACCCCAAGGACCCAUCCAUGGGCGAGUGUGACCUGUGGUUUGCGCCAACGGUGCUGUUGGAUCGCGUUGACGCAGAUGAAAUCGCUGACGGCGAGGAAAUCACGCUCAUGCGCUGGGGGAAUGCGAUCGUAUCCACGCCGUCUUUGCACGCGCAGCUUAACCCGGACGGCGACUUCAGGAAGACGAAGAAAAAGCUGCACUGGUUGCCUAAGGACGACGACAAGCUCGUCAAGUGUACGCUCAAGCAGUACGGAGAUAUUCUCGCCGUUGACAAAAUCGACCCUGAGCAGCUCGCAGAGCCUGACGACAUGAGGAACUUCCUCGAACCGGUCACGGAGUGGAGCACGCCGUGCCUGGCGGACAGACAGCUCGCGGCACUGCCCAGAGGUUCCAUCGUGCAGCUUGAAAGGCGCGGAUACUAUAUUGUGGACCAAAUCGCAGCGGAAGGAGGGUUGAUACUCAUCAGCAUACCGGACGGGAAGAUGAAGAAGAGCACAUAG